AUGCCGAACGGCACAUGGCCGUCCCUCCUCAGUCUCGAGCUCAUCACAGCGUGGUACAUCGGCUUCCUGUGCCUCAUCCUGGCUUCAUUCCUGGUCUACUCCGUGGAAAAAGAUUCAAAUACUGAGUUUGAGACCUAUGCUGAUGCCCUUUGGUGGGGACUGAUAACUCUCACCACCAUUGGUUAUGGUGAUAAGGUUCCAAAGACCUGGAAUGGUCGCAUGCUGGCAGCCGCGUUCAGCAUGAUCGGGGUGGCCUUCUUUGCACUUCCUGCUGGCAUCCUGGGUUCUGGCUUUGCCCUGAAGGUACAAGAGCAACACAGGCAGAAACAUUUUGAGAAGAGACGUACCCCUGCAGCAGGCCUCAUCCAGGGUGCUUGGAGGUUUUAUGCUACCAACCUUUCCCGGACAGAUCUGAUGUACACUUGGGAUUUUUACGAACAGACUGUAGCGAUCCCAAUGUACAGACUCAUUCCACCUCUGAAUCAGCUGGACCUGCUGAGGAAUCUGAAGGGAAAGUCAUUCAGGAAGGACUCUCAAGCUGAAACCUCUCCCAGUGAGACCGCAGCUCGGCCUUUUUGAGACGUGCAGUGUCACUUUGCUUCCCAUGCAUGCUUGCUUGUAGCUUCCUGCUGCUUGCCUGACCCACUGAAUGCUCCACUAUGUUCGUAUAUGGACUCCUUCUGCUGUAGGACAUUGCCCAAUUUUACGUUUCCACAGAGUCGGAAGCCCAGCCUGAAGGACAAGGUGUUCCCAAGUCCUUCCAAGGCUCCCGUCGCCAAGGGGAAAGCUCAGUCUCCGGAGGAGGGGACUGAGGCCAGUCCAAGCAAAGUUGCAAAGAGCUUGAGUUUCAAUGAGAAGAACCGAGGGCCAAAGCACGCCUUCAAAGUCCGGGGCAGCGCCUCACGCCAAAAC